AUGUUCUCGCUCAUCCCACUGGUGCUGAUAUGGGCACUCGUUCUCGCCACGGUAGUACGCACUACCCCUCAUCCUGAAGUGGGCCCGCAGCCUGCAGUGGACAAGUCAGACGACGAGAUCACCAAGGAUCUCAAGGGCUACGUCUCGUCAGCAUUGGGCAUUGACCUGGCCCGGUGGCAAGGAGCAUGGAGCUAUCAACUGACCUUCAACCAAACUCUUGACACAGAGGCGCCAAAUGGCCUCCUCGACACUCUGAACGCCAUCACGACCGAGCUGGAGACCUACAAAUCCUACUCGUUGCACGGAUCCGCAACGGCUGAAGUGAUUGGCGCGUUCGACACGUCGGGCUACAUGUCUUUUGCAGGGGAAUUGACGCAAAAGGACAAGUUGUACAAUGCCAAUCAACGAGGCCUUUGGCAGGUCGUAAGAGGUGGUGUCACUACGGCUAAGAACGCUUGGAAAUCCGCCUGCCAAGCCAUCAUGAGUCGCAUGGCGUCCGACGAUCCAAAACACAAGCAGCUUCAUCAUGGGUGUCUGUACAUUGAUGGGCGGCUCGGGGUCGUGGAGGUCGCAUACUAA